GCAGCCCACUCGAGGAUGUCUCCCAGCCUGCAGGAAGGGGCUCGGCACGGGGAAAGCAAACCCUCGCCCUGCUCCUUUUCAAUUGAGAGCAUUUUGGGAUUGGACCAGAAGAAAGACUGUGUUCCAUCAAUGAAACCCCACAGGCCCUGGGCAGACACCUGCGGCUCCUCAGGGAAAGAUAUUAACCUAUGUGUACAUAUCCCGAGCCUUCCUAACGGGAUCUCAUUCCCUUAUACUGUGGAUCGUCCAGUGCCAGAAGAAAGAUUUUUGAAAUAUGAAAAUUACUUUUCACCCUCAGAAAGACUGUCUUUGAAAAGAGAACUGAGUUGGUAUAGAGGACGAAGACCAAGAACCGCUUUUACUCAAAACCAGAUUGAAGUGUUGGAAAAUGUCUUUAGAGUAAACUGCUAUCCUGGCAUUGAUAUCAGAGAAGACUUAGCUCGAAAACUGAAUCUAGAGGAAGACAGAAUCCAGAUCUGGUUCCAAAAUCGGCGUGCAAAGCUGAAAAGGUCCCAUAGAGAAUCACAGUUUCUAAUGGCGAAAAAAAAUUUCAACACGAAUCUCCUGGAGUAGACGGAAAACUGACCACGUGAGAUUAUUUUACAAUUGCAGAACCC